AUGUUCGGCCUUUCCCCGGGCACGACGAUCCUCUCGCCCCGCCCAACGGAGGACGACGACCCGUUCUUCGAAGGCACGUGGAUGGACGCACUGGGCAUCCUGUACGCUGACGUCAGCGGGGAGGAGCGUGACGUCAGCGUCGUCAUGGACCCGGACCUGGACCGGGCCGGCCGGCCGUCGCUGUCCGUAGCGUUCCAGGGCGAAGCCGUCGCCGACUAUAGAGGCCAACUCAAUGCCAUGUGGACUAGCCCAGACGGCGCCACGUCCAUCACGCGCGAAUUCAUCAACGGCUCCGACACCAUGAAGGUUGUCAUCGCCGGACUUCUGGACAUCGACAUCGUGACGAGCCGUGAACAAGAACUACUUGCCGAUCCCCCGAUCCACUUCCUCAACUUCUUCAUCAACUCAAUGGCGGUCGGGCCGUCGGUUCACGGGAUGUACGCCCCGGGCGCUGUGGAAGACCGACUGGCGAUGGGCACGCUCGAGGGACUGCGCCACCGCGAGUACGUCGAGGGGACGGACGACGACUACCAGACGUCAGCGCUGACGUCACCCGACUGCAGCUUCAACCGCUUCGGACAGGCACCCAACGGUGGCGGGGAACUCUCCAACGUGACUGCUGUGGGCGACAGCUCACUCGUCCGGAGCAACGACGGCCCGCGGCGGCUCUUGCGCGCACUCGAUUCCGGGCGCACAAUCGCGCCGUCGGCCCGCUGCCGCAGGCUGGAGAACCGCAACGCUUUUGAGUGCGCGCUUGGUGAAGCUGCGUGCGCAAAGUGUUCGAUCUCGAUUAGAUGCUUUAUCAAGGGAAGUGCCAGGACCGGGACGACGGGUGGGGUUGGCUUGAGGACUUCGAUCAAGGAGCCGGGGGAGAAGUGGAACGUGGGCGCCCGGGGCCAAUGGUCGGAACCAGAAAGACCCAGGGUAUGGACGGAAGUGGGGCGGACCCAAAGUGGAAACGGAACGGGGGCGGCCGGAAAUGUAAACGGAACGGCGCUGUCGCCUGGGACGGACGGAAUAGGGGUACCCCGGGGGUAUGACGGAAGCGGGGCGCCCCGAGAAACAGAAGGAGCCAAGAGACCACGGUGCAGACAAAGAAGAGGGACGCCAGACUGGAUAAGGCCGGAAAGCCCCGGGGCACGCAGGGAACGGAACCGCCCUGAGGGCGAGACGGACGGAAGUGAAGAGGCCCAGGGCAGAAAUGGAACCGGGUCUCCCCGGCGGACGGGUGGCAGCGGGAAAUCUAGGGGAACGGAGCGGAAGGGGCCCGGGCGCCUGGGGGAAUGGACGACACCACACAACCCUGGGAACGAAAGGGAACAUUCCACCCCCAGAAAAAAAUCCCUUUUGAAGGAUGCGCUGCCCAACAAGCCCGUUCGAAUCUUGAUAAAAGGAGGAUUCGGAUAA